CAUGGAGUAAGGGUCAAUCAGUUGAUUGACUUAUCGGUUGUCAGUGCUGCAUAUGAGAGAUAAAUAAUGAGUCCCGCGACCCCGCAGUUACAUCAUGCGUUCUGCACAUCAAAAACAUCAACAUCAACAACAACGACCCCUUAACCCAGUCCAACAUCCUGACCACAGCUGCAAGCCCCCCUUAUCCAAAACAACAUGGCUCUCGCAUACAGCGACAUCCCUUCCGGAGCCAAGGUUUCUCCCAAGCCUUACCAGCUUCACAUCACCGACGCCCAGAUCGAAGAGCUCCUCGUGCUGGUCAAGCUGUCCAAGGUCGCCCCGCCCACCUACGAAAGUUCGCAGGAAGAUCGCAAAUAUGGUAUCACUCGAGACUGGCUCCUGGAAGCACGACAGGCGUGGAAAAGCUUCGACUGGCGACCUACAGAGCAGCGCAUCAACAGCUUUCCGCAAUUCACCUACGAGAUCGAGGACAUGACCAUCCACUUUGUCGGUCUCUUCUCGAAGAAAGCUGAUGCGAUCCCUAUCGUCCUACUGCACGGCUGGCCUGGUAGCUUCCUGGAGUUCCUGCCCCUCCUGUCUCUCCUCAAGGACAAGUACUCCCCGGAGGAGCUUCCGUAUCACCUCGUGGUACCGUCCCUUCCAGGCUUUACGCUGUCCUCCGGGCCCCCUCUGGACCGGGACUUCACGGGACAGGACACAGCCAGGGUCAUCAAUCAGGUGAUGGUCAACCUCGGAUUCGGGGGGGGAUAUGUGGCACAGGGGGGUGAUAUUGGGUCGAGGAUUGGUCGGAUCAUGGCGGUGGAUUACGAUGCUUGCAAAGUGAACGCAUGCUACAUGGGCAAACCCGCCCACGUGCAGGAUUCGUCCAUCUCCGAGUUCGAGAAACAGAACCUGGCUCGCGGGGAGUGGUUCAUGACCUACGGUGCCGCCUACGGCUUCGAGCAUGGCAGUCGGCCCAGCACCAUCGGGAACGUCCUUUCGGCGAACCCGGUUGCUUUGCUUGCUUGGGUUGGAGAAAAGUUCCUCGACUGGCCCGACGACCCCCUCCCUCUGAAUGAUAUCCUCGAGUCGGUGUCGUUGUAUUGGCUCACCGAGUCGUUCCCUCGGUGUAUCUACCAUUAUCGCGAGCAAGUCCCCAUGCCUAAGCUUCAGCUCGCCGAGGACCCGAGGUGGUACAUCAAGAAACCGUUUGGGUUCUCUUACUUCCCUAAAGAGCUGAUGCCAGCCCCGCGGGCGUGGAUCGAAACGACUGGGAACUUGGUGUUCUGGAAUACGCAUGAGAAGGGAGGACAUUUCGCCGCGCUCGAACGGCCGGCGGAUCUCCUGGAGGAUCUGACUGCGUUCGUGGAGAAGGUGCGGGCUGAUAUCCAGUGAUCCAUGUGGUCGAUCUGCUGCUCGGUUGUGCUCAUGAGGCCGAGGGAUCUCGUCGUAUAUGCAGACGCCCAUAUUGUGUUUCGCCAGCCCUGUGGGAUGGAGUUUUGCACAUGCAGUAUACAAGUCUUUGACUCCAGACUCUCGAUCUUCGACUCUAAGGUAGUCCUACCUCACCCGAGGAAGUAUCAACAUACAAACCAUAGACGAUAUUCCUCCACCCUAUCUCAGCACUGAUAAAAUCCCCUUCUUCUGCGCUUAUACCUACGGUAUACACUACACAGUACAGUACCUCAAACCCACGCUGCCUUCCUUCACGCCCCACCCACCUCAAACACCACCUUUCUUACUCGUACACUUCUCGAGCAAAUACAAUCCUUGCUAAUAACUACCAGUACGGAACCGAGCCCUUCCCCACCCAC